AUGCCGCCUCCGAAUACCCCAGAGGAGGGCAUGACAGAGCCGACAUCCCGACCCGCAUCACCCAUUCAUCGUCCAGCUUCCCCGCAGUCGAGCAGUGCCGUUGCUUGCGCGUCGCGAGCGGACUCUACACUUCUCGAGAUCGACUACCAGACCCUCGAGUACAUCGGGCCCGUUGACGAGACACUGCUUUGUCCAGUAUGCCGCACCCCAUUUCACUUUCCGAUAACAACGCCGUGCGGCCACACCUUUUGCGCUGGAUGCAUCAAUCGAGCGCUCGAGAUGCAAGCAGUCUGCCCGAUUGACCGCCGGCCCAUCGACAAGACGCGAGACUACCUUCGACUUCCGUUAAUCAUCAAGGAUCAGUUGGACCGCCUCAGGGUCAAGUGCCCUAAUAGGGGUUGUGGCCAUGAAUGCUCCCGUGAGCACCUCGAGGGGCACUAUGAGCGCCGCUGCGAGUUCACGCUGGUUCGCUGCCCAGAUCCCAGAUGCAAGAAGCGCAUCGCGCGCCGCGACGCCAUGCCAGCAAAGGGGUGUCUGCACCAAGAGGUGAACUGCCAGUACUGCGACGAGGUUGUGACCCUCGUUGAGCUUGAUGCGCACUACGACUUUACUUGUAACGGAGCAACAAUCGAAUGCACAGAUUGCGGCAAGACAAUAUUGCGCCACCGCUUGGAGAAGCACAAAUCCAACGACUGCCCCGAUGGGCUAACACGGUGCAAGUGGCACACAGCAGGCUGCAAGGUGGAGGGGAAGCGUCGAACUGUCCAGGAACACGAGGGAGAUGGAUGCUCGUUCGAAGGGAUUGGCCGUUUGAUCCAGGAGCGAGCCGAAGACCGCAAAAUAAUUGACGACCUCUCUGGACGUCUCGCGGCUAUAGAGACUCGCACCAAAGAUCGAGAACAGCGGCGGCAAGAGCGGCGGGAACGGCGGGAACGGCGUCAUGCAUUACCGGCCACUCCUCGAGUUCUGGCCGUGGAUGUCGCUCUCUUGGAUGCUGGGCGAGCCACGGCUGCAGGCCAGGAACCUAUUGAGACCUCUAACAGUUUCAGUGGCAGUGAGAAUGGAGCGUGGGGCUCAACCGAGGACUAUAUGCUCGCACAAUUCGAGCGCAUGGAAUCGCAUAUCGAGGACCUGCGCAGGAAGGUGUUGGAGAUGGAUGCGAGCCAGUCCCUCCUGCGGCUCCAAGCAAAUUCGCGCAUCACCGAGCAGCUCUCAGAGCUUGCCAACAAGGUCGGUGUGCUCAACAUGCACACCACGUGGCUCAUGAACAUGCAGCGACAGAGUCACGCCCAGCAGCGGUCAGGGGGUUCCCAUAACCCCGGCAUGUCACGUUCCCCAGACUCUGGUGGCACGAGAAGUUCUCCCGAGAAUCCGGCACCACAUCGCGCGGGCAGUCGCCGGAACAGUGACGGCAGAGGGGAAAACCCUCCCCGUCUCUAG